AUGACCCACCAGGAGCUGCCGAUGUACGUGCCUCCGAAGACGAUGCCGGAGACGGCGCCGGAGUACGCUCGCCAGCAGCACACGCUGCGCGACGGGCCCAAGAAGGGGCCGCCCGCCCCGCCGCCCGCGCCCGCGCCCGCCCCCCCUGCCCCGCCCGCGCCCGUAGAGAACACCACCAAGAAGAAACUCCUCAAGGAAACCUACUCAGUCGUUCCGCCGCCCGCGCCCGCGCCCGCCCCGCCCGCGCCCGCGCCCGCCCCGCCCGCGCCCGCGCCCGUAGAUAACACCACCAAGAAGAAACUCCUCAAGGAAACCCCGCACGAGGCCACGAAUGCGGCGGCGGCGGCAGUGGGUGCGGCGACGGCGGCGGCGGCGGGUGCGGCGGCGGCGGCGGCGGCGGCGCGUCCGGCGGCGCAGCUGGCCGACGAGCACGACGGGCUGAGCGAGCACCCGCCCGCCGCCAUAUUGCUACUCGUGCUCGGUAACUAG